AUUCUAAACAAGUGAAUAACGAACAGACGAAAAACGAAGGAACGCUAGGAAAUGGUGAAUUGACCAACAUUCGGAGGCGACGUCUAUCAAUCUGGAGAGAAAAUAUGCGACUGAUCGGCGAUUCACCAAUAAGAGUUUCUGAUAAGGAUUUACCGCCUUUAAUAUUGGCAGUAUUAUUUUUUCCUCCGACUUUACCGCCGCCAUUGACCUUCAUUUUCAGCAUCUAAUCAUUGAAGAGAGAAAGAAGAAAAGAAAAUGGCGAUUUCUGAUCUUCUCAAUCGCCGCGUGCGAGCGAAGCCUGACGAUGACGAUGACGAGGAGGUCUACUCGCAGGGUUCUGGGUCAGAGCAAGAGCAGGACGAAGGCUCAGAUCAGUCGGGUGAAGAGCAAGAUGACGAGGGUUCAGGAGAUGAAGUGAUGGACGACGACGACGACGACGACGACGACGACGACGAUGAAGAUGAGGAAGACGACCAAGAAGACAUCCAAUCCUCCCUAAACAACAUCUCCUUCGGCGCCCUCGCAAAAGCCCAAUCCUCCAUGGGCCCCCGAAAAACCAAGCGCGCAAAGUCCUCAACCACAGAAGACGCAGACACCCAACCCGUCAACCCCCUCGACGACAUCCGCGCACGCAUCCGCGAAACCCGCGAACAAAAACAAUCCUCCUCGUCCUCAAACUCGUCAAAGAAAGAUCUCGAAAAGCGCUCCUCCAAACACGCCCCCAUGGUCCAAUCCACCAAACGCGCCGUCACCCGAAGACGCACCAUCAUCGAGCCCCCCGCCACAGCCCGCUCCCGCGAUCCACGCUUCGACCCCACAGUCGUCGGCAAGAACACGCACAUGUCCAUCGACUCCUCCGAAAAAGCUUACGGAUUCCUAAACGACUACCGCGCCAAGGAACUCAAGGACUUGAAGGAGCAAAUGGCCAAGACAAAGGAUCCGUUCCAGAAGGAGAGGUUGAAGAACCAGGUGCGGUCUGCGACGGAUAGGUUAAGGGAGAGUGAGAACCGGAAGCGCGAGCAGAAGGUUCUGGCGGAUCAUAAGAGGAAGGAGAAAGAGUUGAUUAAGGAGGGAAAGAAGAGUAACCCGUACUAUAUGAAGAAGAUCGGACGAAGGCGUUGGAGAGGAGAAGGAAGAAGGUGGCUUCGAAGGAGAUCAAGGAGAUGCCUAUGGAACGGAGAGGGUUUGAGGGUGAUCCUCCUCCAUCUAGGCAGGGUGGUGCAAUGAAGCGGAAGCGUGCUGCAUAGAUGGCUUUGCUUCGUUAUACAUGUUGAAGUGUAUGUUUAAAAAAGUUGAGAUAUCCAUUUCGUAUAUAAGACCCUUCAUACAAUCCUCCUUCCGAAAACAUCCCAAAAGGCGCUAGGGCAAUUAUGCAGUUCGAAGAGAAAUUAAAAAGGCGUAUAGUACUCGGUCCAAAAGUGCGCAAUUUUAUAGACCAAAAAAUGAAACAAGAAGAUAUUGAUGGUAUAUGGCAGUAGAACGUUGAACCAAGGAAAAAACGCCAAUGGUCAAGAAGGCAAAUGGAUGACGAACAUGAAUCUCAAAUGACAACAAUCAAAAUAGAAAACCAAAACGCCUGAA